UCUACUUUUGGAUCAGAGACGCUUGGCCUAAUUGGACGUCGUCAUUCUGUGUUUGAGAGUGUCACGAACAGUGAUUGGCCGUUCCGGAUGUUGGCGAUGCACUGGCGGAUGGUUGAGUGUGGAGAUUUGCCGUGCAGACUUAAGAAAAGAGUGGUGAAAAUCCGUCAGUGUGCCAGAGCUGAGCUCAGUAGCAAACACAGCCAAUAGGUCACCGAAGCGCGCUGGGUCGUCUUUUAGGCAGGUUGAAUAUCCACGUUUGUAAUUCUCUCUGCUGACAUAUUUGGACACAGAUGUAUUUUUCUGAGUGUAGGUAGAACACACUUUUUUUUUUCAGAGGCAUUGAUGGAAGAACAGCGGGACCUAAACAGCGCGGACAGCAGCGAGGGAGAGAGCGUUUCCCCGUCGCUGGCCAUCCUGCCUCUGCAGGCCGGCCCACAGACCAACAGAACAACAAACUUCUUCAUCGACAACAUUUUGCGGCCGGAUUUCGGAUGCAAGAAGGAAUUCGGUCUGAGUCCGAGAGAGAAGGCACAAAGCUCUGGUCCGGAGCGGCUUCACCCGGUCCUUGGCAGACCGUUCUCCAGGACACCGUGCCUGGACUCCAGCUGCAGCAGCGACAGCACUUCAUCCUCCACCGUUUCUGCGGCCAGUGCCACAAAGAGCAGCAGCAGCAGCAGCAGCAGCGAGAGAGUCACGGCCACCGCGGGCUCUGAUGAGAACAGCGAAGAGUUAAAGUACGUGGAGAAGGACGAGGAACAUUCCGCCUCCUCGCUGGUGGUGAUGACCGGGACCGGGACCCCCACACCGGAGAGCCAGGCCCUGCUCUGGCCCGCCUGGGUCUACUGUACCCGGUACUCGGACAGGCCUUCUUCUGCAGGCCCAAGGACGCGGAAAUUGAAAAAGUGUAAAAGCUGCAAAGACGACAAGCGGCCGCGCACGGCCUUCACGGCGGAGCAGCUCCAGAGGCUGAAGACCGAGUUCCAGGUGAACCGGUACAUCACGGAGCAGCGGCGGCAGGCUUUGGCCCGGGAGCUCAACCUCAACGAGUCUCAGAUCAAAAUCUGGUUUCAGAAUAAAAGGGCCAAGAUAAAAAAGGCCAGUGGCUUCAAGAACGGGUUGGCGUUGCAGCUGAUGGCACAGGGACUCUACAACCAUUCAACCACAACCGUACAGCAGGACAAAGAGGACAGCGACUGAGGUGGCUGAGCUGGACCCGGGACAGCGCAUCACGGAUCGGUGGGAGGGUUCAGUGUUUGGCUGCAGWGUUCAAACCAAGCUGUUCGUCCUCUUCACCGACUCUUCACAACUGUCGCCGAUUAAAAAAAGAGGAAACAAAAGACUACCAAAGAUUUUCCACGGAGAGCUGAACGACAGUUUUAAUCAACUUCAGGUUCUGCUGAAACCGGGACAACAGGUUCGGCUGCAAUAAUAAUAAUAAUAAUACUAAUACUACUACUGCUUCUCAACAACAGAUGAUGUUCGGCAAAUUCAGACUGACAUUAAUUAUAAGAUCCAGAUGUGCCAUGACUUUAGCGAUCAGCGAGCCAAGUGCUGCUGUUAAGUUUGUCUGCUGCGAUUCCCCACAUAGAACUGAACGAAAAAAAACAACCUGUUCAGUUCUGAUUAGCCCAACAAACGAUGGACUGCUGAGUAAAUAACCUAAAAAGAACCUAAUUCGUCCUGGGAAAUGUGUUGGCCUAUAUUAUGCUAAGAGACAUUUCUUUUUCUUUCUUUUUUUGUUUUUUUUUUUGUAGGGCAGCAAGAGUCCCGAUAAAUACGGUAAAAUGCUCCGUAAAUGUUCUUCGUAAGCACAAAACAUUACGAAUUAAAUAAAAUAAAAAUAUAGAAAAUGUCAUGUUUAUACGGUUUGUAAUUAAAUAUUUUAA